GGUGAACAACAUACACAGAUAAGAGUGCGUGUUAGUUGGGAACUACGUUUACAUUGUGAUAAUAAUAUAAAAAGCUCCCAGCGUAAGCAUAAAAGUGUACGUAUAUUAUACACAAAGCAAAUAUGCUAUGAGCGCCGCCGAUGAUGCAUCAGUGGAGAGACUCGACUUGCUGCUGCUGAUUCGUAACAAAAUAUCAAGUGGUGUCGUGCCUAACUGAGCCAACCUUAUAGUUGCGGAGUUUAUAAUAUGCUAUUAGUCAUCGUCACGACAUUGUCAGUCGAGUAUCAGCUGCUAUCAGUUUAACAUUGUGCCCAAAAUCCAUAUGACAGCGUAAUACGCGUUUCUCGUAAAAAGAAAGCCUAAGCUACGCUUCUGUCGCUAAAAACGUAAUCCAAUCGUAACACAUAUUGCAGACAGGAUCAAAAAGAUCGAACAAACAUCUUUGUAUUUUACUAAUCGCAAGUGCGAAACGAAGAAUUCAAAAUGAUGAGCCUUUUUGCUGGUUCGCCUUUCGAUGCCGAUGUCGAAAAGGCAACAGAUCACAAAAGAACUUCGGAAGAUUGGGCCCUUAUAAUGGAAAUUUGUGACAAGGUUGGUAAUUCCACUCAACAUGCCAAAGAUUGUCUGCGUUCCAUUAUGAAGAGGCUGUCAAAUCAAGAUCCACAUAUUGUCUUACUAGCCAUAACUUUAUUAGAUGCUUGUUCCAACAACUGCGGCAAAGUCUUUCACUUGGAAAUUGCCUCAAGAGAAUUUGAGGGACAAUUUAUUAAACUACUCAACAGCAAUCGCAAUCAACCUGUUAUUUAUGAAAAAUUGAAAGCUCUUUUAAAAAAAUGGGCUGAAAAUGAUUACAAAUCUGAUCCACAAUUGAACUUGAUACCAAGUCUUUUGAACCAAUUAAAAAAUGAUCACGAUUUUUCAACAGUUUCUGAGCCUGGGCCAAGGAAAUCAUAUGCUCUGAGUAAAGACCCUAAUGUAGUAGCAAGUGCAAAAGAAGAGGAAGAGUUAGCAAAAGCUAUUGAACUAUCUUUAAAAGAAAGUAGUAAGCAGUCUGUAUCAAUCUCCCAUAGUUCUCCUUCAACAAAAAAAGUAGCUAGUCUUUACCCUAAUGUUAAUAGUACAUUGUUAACAACAAGUAAUACAGAAGGAAGAAAAGUCAAAGCUUUGUAUGAUUUCGAAGCUGUUGAAGAUAAUGAGUUAACUUUUUCGGCAGGAGAAAUUAUUAAUAUUUUGGAUGAUUCUGACCCUAACUGGUGGAAGGGAAGCAACAAUAGAGGUGAAGGUUUGUUUCCUGCUAACUUUGUGACAGCAGAUCUAUCUGUCGAACCAGAUCAAUUUACAAAACUAGAAAGUAAUAAAAAAUCAGUCCAAUUUGCAGAAGAAGUAGAAGUGAAAACAGUACCGAAAGAACCUGAAGUGGUUUCUAUUGAAAUUGAUGAAGAUAAGAUGGAUAGACUUUUGCAUUUAUUGCAUGAGGCAGAUCCCCAAUCGAAUAGUACAGAUUCACAAGAGAUGCUUGAUUUAGAAGCUCAAGUAUCUCAAAUGGGACCUCUAAUUGAUACAGCUUUAGAGAAAGUUGAUAAGCAACAUGCUCAACUUACUCAAUUAAGUUCUGAUCUUGUGGAAGCUAUGAAUUUAUAUCAUACUCUAAUGAGAGAACCAGCUAUAUCUAGUUAUGUUUUACCAAAAAUGCCACCACAGCAAAUGGUAUACUCAUAUCCAAUGAACAGUGGAAUAUAUUCACAAGGACCUCAACAAGGUCCUCCUCAAGUUCAUCCUCAAGGUAUGCCAUCUCAAGACAGUCAUCAUCAAAAUGCACAUGUAUCCAUGGUGCACACAGGACAAGUAACACAUCCUCAAGGGUUACAUACCCAAGGGCCAGUACCACAAGGUCAUCAUCCACUUCAAGGAUCACAGCCACAAGGAAAUCAUCCACAACUUCAUCCAUCGCAUCCAAUAUUUAAUGGAAUGCCUACAGGUCCUCAAUAUCAUAUAAUGCCUAAUUCUCAAGUAUACGAUGAUAUAAUAAAUUCACUAGAAGAUACUUCUAUUUCUGAAAGACACUCUAUGCCAUUACCUACACAAAAUAAUGCUUGCUUUCCUCGACCUAGCUACCCACCACAAACGAAUCCUGGCGCAGUACCCGUCGGCUAUAUGAUGCAAGUUGAAAAUGGCUCGGCAGUAAAUCAGCAAACACAAUUUGUGCCACCGAAUAGUCAACGACUGAUGUAAGAGAAAAAUCAACAUCUUCAUCGAUCAAUUAACACAGUUAUUAGUUAUCAUGUGACAUUAUUUUGACACAUUGACGACAACUUUAUUUUCCUUAUUUUUUAAAAUAUAUAUUAUACACUAUAAAUGACAAACAAAUAUCCACUCACAUUAUAAUACUUAUAUAUAACAAACUUAAGAAUAAGACCAUGCAGAUUGCUAAAAACACUAACUCUUGAAAAAAACAAAAAAAGAACUGGCAAACAUCUCGCAAUAACCCUAGUAAUUCAACGAAAAAAAGAACUAUUGAGCAUAAACGAUGCAUUUAUUCAAUGAUAUUUUUAUUAAUCUUCCUCAAUUUAUUAGUCAAAUUAGAAAAGAGUAUUUUAGGGAUUUGAGAUAAUUUGACUAUUUGUAAUGUACCACGAAUUUAUUUUAAAUUAUUUAAUCUGUUAAGAGAACAAAUAAAAACAUUAACUUUUAAAAAA